AUGCUUAAACGUGACAGUCUCUUGCCAGAAUCACUAUGGAAUAACGUUUAUAAUCAACUAUGUGAUAAUUUUGUUUGUGAAUUAAAUUCUUUGCAUCGGAAUUUUCAUCAACUCACAUCUACCAGUGCAUUUGUUAAUUAUGUUAUUCAAUAUCUGGGACGUUCAUUUAGUAUGAAACAUAAUAUUAUUCAGUUAACCGAUAUUGGAUUAUCAGAGUCAUUUAAACAUAAUAAUAUUGACAAUACUUCAAUUGAUGUGAAAACAAAAGAACAAAUAUUAUCACACUUGACAGAGGCUCUUGCGAACACCUUAUUAAAAUAUCCAAUUCAUUUAGCUUAUAAAAGACCACCUUCAGGCUUAGAAACUGUCAAAUCGUACGUCUCUACAUUUCGUAAACAAUGCAAGGAAGUUCUAGAAUAUUGCCUAUCACACUUCGAGGCAAAUUAUUUAGUAUUUACUAUGAGAAGUGAUAAAAUUUACAAUUUAUCGAAUAUUUCAACGAAUGAUAAUGAUAAUGAUGACGAUGAUAUUUCGUCUAGUUCGUAUACAAAUUCAACGGAUAAAACACACUAUAAUAAUUAUUCUGUUGUUGAAUUGAUUAGAAAUUAUAAUGGACUUCAAGGUAUAAAUGAUAUAAAACAAUGAGAAUUUAAAUGCAGUCGAUUCUUCUGAAAAAGGUUUCAGCAAAUCAAGAGCAAUGAUGUUUGCAGACUACAUAUGUUGAUUGUAUUUCAAUGCUUUCCCAUAGACGUAAACACUAAAUUCAAAUGCCUUUACAACUAUGUUUCCCAUACAACUUGUUACUCACUAAUGAACAGUUAACAC